AGGUGGUUAGUUAGUUAAACGGCAGGUUGUUUGUCUCACCUGAUUGAGGAGUGAAACACCCGGAACAUUACAGCGCGCGAACGCCCUUACAAACAGAAUGUCUUCGGGACCGAAAGGAAGUCCACCGCCCUAUGAUUUUGAGCAGGGUGAUAAUGGAUAUAAUGUUGUACCCGAGCCUGCGUACUCGUACUACCCCGACGAUGAGUUCCAGCACUUCUAUCGCUGGACGUCUCCACCGGGCAUCAUCAAAAUCAUGUGUGUCCUGUCUGUGAUCUGCUGCGUGGGCAUCUUCGUAUGCGUAGCAUCGACUCUGGCCUGGGAUACGGAUGCUGGAGUGGCUGGAUUUGGAACUUAUGGAAGCAGCUAUGGAGGAGGAGGAGGGUAUGGAGCUGGGUAUGGAGGUGGUUCUUAUGGAGGUGGCUUUGGAGGAACUGGCUACGGAAUGGGAAGUUACGGAGGAGGUUUCGGUUACGGUAUCCUCGGCUCUCAGAACGACCCCAGGCAGGGAAAGGGAUUUAUGAUCGCCAUGGCAAUCAUGUCCUUCAUUGCCCUCCUCAUCAUCUUCAUCAUGAUCAUCUCGCACCAUAGGUCAACCACGGGCAGGAAGUUCUACUUGAUUGUUAUAAUUGUUAGCGCCAUUAUGGGUUUCCUCAUGUUUAUUGCCACGAUAGUCUAUCUGGUCACGGUUUACCCGAUGGCCCAGACGACCGGCUCGGUACAGUUUAACCAGGUCUAUGCAAUGUGUGCUGCUUACCAGCAGCCUCAGAUGUCCGGUAUGUUUGUCAACCAGUAUCUGUAUCAUUACUGCGUCGUGGAUCCUCAGGAGGCCAUCGCUUUAGUUUUGGGGUUUAUAGUGACCGCAGCUCUUAUCAUCAUCAUGGUCUUCGCCAUCAAAACCCGUAUGCGGAUCAAUUCUCAUGGCAAAGACAACAUACUGUGGCGUCGUGUGAAGGAGAUUGAAGAUCCCAACUCUCCUCCGGAUGUGGAAGAUUGGGUUAAUAAUGUGAAUGAAGCUCCUGAUGCGGAGGUGGCAAGCUAUCCAAUGAAGUAUGGUGGUGAUUUUGAUGACAACAGCUCAAGUUAUGCCAAACCUCCUCCGUUUGAAAGUCCUAUGCCGGCUGACAAUGUACUCCCCAACCGCAGUUCAGUUCCUCUUAGCAGCGGCUCGGAGAUGAACAGCUCCGUCGGGCGCCCGAAAAAACGACGUGCUCUCCGACCAAGAACCGCUGAUGGGCGAGACAACGACACGGAAUACAACUCGUCUGGAGAUGAGCUGGACGAUGACGACUUCUCCAGUGAAUUUCCACCCAUUGUUAAUCUGGAUGAGAGAGAAGAAUACAAGCAUCUGUUUGACCAAGACCUUCAGGAGUAUAAAGAUCUCCAAGCUGAGAUGGACCAGAUCAACAAACGUUUGGCUGAGGUGGAUCGUGAACUGGAUGAUCUUCAGCAGGGUAGUCCACAGUUCCUGGACGCCAUGGAGGAGUACAAUGCGCUGAGAGACCAAAAGAAGAGCGGCGAUUACCAGGUGAAGAAGAAAAGAUGUAAAUACCUGAAGGCCAAACUAAACCACAUCAAAACCAUGGUGAGCGACUACGACCGGAGAGCUUGAGAAGCAAAGAUCACGAUAAAGACACGACACUGGAGAGUAUUUUCAGAUGUAAUGGCGUCUGUCCAGUCUUUAAGCCAUGGUUAUGGUUGCAGUGGGCUUUGCUUUUUGAAAUUCAAUUAUUUGUGUAGAAAUUCAAGGAACAUUGGUUCAUAUUAACAAAUGCAAUAUUGCCCAGAAAUGUGCCAGGUUUAACUAACAGUUAUAACCUCACGUGUGUAUAUUGGUUUUGUGAAUGUGUGUUUGUUUUCUAUUUUAAAGUAGAUUUAACAGAAACAUGGCGUUUUAGUACAAAAAUGUAUUUUUAUCAAAUUAUUUUAUGUGGUGGGUGUUUUGUAACUCUCGACAAACAUUUGUUCUUUAUCAAACUGUGAUUUAACUAGCUAUUAAGGUUACCAAACAAAACUAACCGUAUGUCCUUUUAAGCUGUACUUUUGCCAUUUUAAGUAACUUUUUACACACCGAUAUGUAAAUAUAAUUUAAUGUUUAACAUUUUUCAUUGUUUUUAAAACUAUAAAUGAAUAAAAUGUUUAAAGCCAUAA